GCAGAAACAGAUAGAUAGCCCAAACGAUUCAACCGGGCCGGGCAAGCUGGAGCCCAACCAAAACAAGGCAACAAGCAGCAGCACAAGCAGCACAAGCAGCAGGGCAGCAGAAAGGAAGGAAGGAAGGAGGGAGGCUCUGGGUAGGGAAGAGAAGGGGGAGAGAGGGGGAAUGGGGGAACGGGGAGUGCAGGAAUACAGCCACUUGGGGGCAGUAUGAGUGAUCGGCGGCGAAACAGGGCCCGGGUUUUGCAAAUCUCCCCACUCUCGAAGGUGCCCACCCGCUCCCCAUCGCGGGCGGCCCGCGUUCGCCAGGUCUUUCCCGGGCCACGCUCCUGCCCGGCCCCGAGCCCCAGCCCUGCCCCUGCCCCUGCCCUGGAGCUCGCCUUGGCUCGGGCGCCUACGGGCCUCCCGGCUACGAGACCCGGUUGCAAACCCCAAUGCCGGCUAGGGUUUUCGCUUCCCUGGGCCCUCGCGAUGUGCUCUUCUGCUUCCUCCGCUCCGCAGCUAUGGCGUUUCUUUCGAGCCAGUAAUGUAGUUCGCUCACGGCCCCUCGGUUACUACAGUCGCAUCUCGUCAAGUGCGCCGCCGCGGGGCCAUAAUGGUGCACUUACCGAUUGAUUAAUUUACCUUUAAUCAGCUCAAACGAUGCCCACGUUACAAAGUUAUAAAGAUGGAAAUACAAGUACUUAGCCCUAGCAAACUAAUUUGAUUAUUAUUACUUGGUUCUCGAUUUGGUGCUAUGGCUUCGGUCCAUUUCGUCUGACUGGAGCUGCAUUCCUUGCCGCCCUCCCUCCGUCCUUUUCCAAGAUUGAAAGUAUGCAGGAUUUGCGAACCCAUUUUCUUGAAUCUAGGAACCGCUUCAUAGCACAAUUACGAGAAAAUGCUUCUUGAACUACAUUUUAUUUGGGGAAACAUGCUUGUAGCUGUACACAUGAGAGACUCUACACUCUUCGAUGGUGCACUUAGUGAUGCUAAGGGGGAUGGCAACUAUGUGGUCUUGUCUCUGCGGCUCCAAAUCGUUGUUGUGUUUGUGUACUGUCUCGUAUUGUACGGUGCGUGUCUGAAGAAGAGGCUCUUCGUAUUGGAUAUGAGCUCAGCUCGACCAAGUACGCGUCAGGUCUUAAAGCUACAGCCUUUGCAGUUAGUACAGUGUGUGGGAAAUUCGUCUGUUGAUUUUUCUCUUCUUUGCAUGUGGAAUGUUCGUGAAGAGGCGGUUCUUAGCCUGGCCUGUUGAUUGAUAGCGUUUGUGUGUGCUCCCUAGUGAUAAGAAUAUGGACUGGAGGAAAAUUGCUUUGAGGUGAUGUCAAGCAAAAGGGCAGCCUAGAGGGGUUUGUUGUAGCUGUGUGGAUAAACUUUUCUUAAUUACGGCUCUGCUUUAACUUCCACUUCAAGUCGAUUGUGUGUGUUUUAUCUGUCAAUACAGUUCUAAACGAUCAUCCAGCCUACGAUCUUUCGUGUCUUCCUAUAACCUAUUUGCUACUGCAUUUCUGGUGCUGCUUCACAUUUUCCCAGUCGGGUUAGUCCUGCAUAUCCAACUGUAUGAUGUUGUCCUUUCCUGUAUUCCUAACCUUUUUCUGUUCUACACAAUGGGCAUGUAGCAAAGCCCAGGAUGGAUAUAUCAGUGCAACAGUGAGUCCUGUAGGGCUCAAUGUCUUGGUCUAAUCACCAAAUGAAUAACUGAUCCCAAACUGUGUCCUCGAUGUCUGAGAACCAAAUCGAAGUCUCUUGAGUGCCAAGGCGCAACGUGUGGCAUGCUUCCCCAAGUCCAGCAGUCAGUAGGCUUCUCUCACCAGCUUUCCAUCGAGGUUUAUCGACCGUUUCAUCAACAUCUCCAGCUUCUAUUCAUCGCACUUCCAUAUCUGAAAGCAAAGUUCUCUACCCAGCACUCAUUCCAUCUGCGAUGGAGGUGCCUUAUUAACACGUUCUAUGUCCGGAGUCCUAGCUUCUUUCUAGGACCAGCUUAUUUCCACACAUUGAUGCAGAGUUAGGCAUUCUUUCACCUGCACUUAGCCACCUAAAUGAUUUUUAAUAUUUCUUCUUCUCUUCAGGCUUACAAGCCGAGUUUCUUACUGGAUAAGUCUUACCGAGUUUCUUACUUGGUGGUCAGUUGCGGACUAUCUCUGAACAACGACAUCUCGUGUGCGCGCACAGGGAGGGAAGUCCUUCGAGACAAAUUUUCAUCAACAAGUUGAUCACGAGAAUUACAGGAAUUUAUAAGGAAAUGUGUUGGAAUGUGUAGAAGAGUAUAUUCUCAGGGGCACUUGUAGAGUGCAUCCCGUGCCAGUACUGGAGGAAAGUUGUGGAUGAUUUUUGCCAACUGUUCUGUACCGUGAUCCCACCAAUUGUAGAUACGUAAGACGAUAAGCGACCAAAAGGACGGUUCGUGCAGGAGGUGAACACAAGUGGAGACUCACCGUGCUGCC